GUCUCGCAACACCACCGCAAUGGCGGCGCUGCGCCUCCUCCUACUCCUCGCCGCCGCCAUGCUCCUCGUCGUGGCCUCCCGCGGCGACGCUUCGGGCGCAGCCCCCCGCGGGCGCAAGCUGCUGGUGCUCGUCGACGACCUGGCCGUGCGGUCCUCGCACUCGGCCUUCUUCGGCUCGCUCCAGGCCCGCGGGCUCGAUCUGGAGUUCCGCCUCGCCGACGACCCCAAGCUCUCGCUCCACCGCUACGGCCAGUACCUCUACGACGGCCUUGUCCUCUUCGCCCCAUCCACACCGCGUUUCGGUGGAUCAGUGGAUCAGAAUGCUGUUCUGGAAUUUAUUGAUGCUGGGCAUGAUAUGAUCCUGGCAGCAGAUUCUUCGGCUUCUGAUCUUAUCCGAGGCAUAGCAACAGAGUGUGGGAUUGAAUUCGACGAGGAUCCAGAGGCGAUGGUUAUUGAUCACAUUAAUUAUGCCUCCACAGAGGUUGAAGGUGACCACACCUUGAUUGCUGGUGAUGAUCUGAUCCAGUCAGAUGUGAUAUUGGGGUCCAAAAAGAUCGAGGCACCUGUGUUGUUUCGAGGAAUUGGACAUGCAGUUAAUCCAUCAAACAGUUUGGUUUUGAAAGUUCUAUCUGCCUCUCCAUCAGCGUAUUCAGCAAACCCGAAGACUAAGUUGGCAUCCCCUCCAUCUCUCACAGGGUCGGGUAUAUCACUGGUUUCUAUUAUGCAGGCAAGAAAUAAUGCUCGGGUGUUGAUAUCUGGAUCACUGGAUUUGUUUAGCAACCGGCUCCUAAAGUCUGGUGUUAAGAAGGCUGGUAGCAAGACAAGGCACGAGAAAUCUGGAAAUGAACAGUUUGUGACAGAGACAAGCAAAUGGGUCUUCCAUGAGAGGGGCCAUCUAAAGGCAGUGAAUGUGGCUCACCACAAGGUUGGGGAGACAAAUGAACCUAGCAUGUACCGCAUCAAUGAUGACUUGGAAUACUCGGUUGAGAUCUAUGAAUGGUCUGGAACAAGCUGGAAACCAUAUGUUGCUGAUGAUGUUCAAAUUCAGUUUUACAUGAUGAGUCCUUAUGUUCUGAAAAAUAUGUCAACUGACAAGAAGGGUUUAUAUUCAACAUCCUUCAAAGUUCCAGAUGUCUAUGGUGUUUUCCAGUUCAAAGUUGAGUACCAAAGGCUUGGAUACACUGGUGUUUCUCUUGCAAAGCAGAUUCCAGUGAGGCCAUACAGGCAUAAUGAGUACGAGAGAUUCAUAACUUCAGCAUAUCCAUACUAUGCUGCCUCGUUUUCAACAAUGGGAGCCUUUUUCAUAUUCUCAUUUGCGUACCUGUAUCACAAAUAGAUAAGCCAUGGAAUAGCAGAAGGUGCCCGAGGCUGAUUGUGCUAAGCCGUAUUCCCAGGUGCAAAUUUAUGGGACAUCUUUUUUGUAGAGCCAACCUUACCUUGGACGGCCACCAUUGAGGAUAACAAGCUUACUCCUGUUUAUUAGAAACUUCCACAUCCCGCCAUUACUUCAGUCUUUUCAGAUGAACACUGGAACUUUUAUAGUCAAUAGAAUUGGAAGGACCAUAAGAAUUUAACGAGUUGAUGUGUUGUUUGUGUUGCACAAUUUUGUUCCUGGCUCUGGACCUUGCAGGUCAAUAUACGAGAACCUGCUUUGGUUUUGGAUGUA